AGUGCAAGGUUUCAGCUGCAUCACGCAGGUCUGGUCAUACAUACUCCGGCGUGUGGUAUCUACGUUUGUAUCAGGUAUUGUGACAAGCCAUGGCUGAUGAGGGAUAUGUAGUACGCAUCAGGGGUCUCCCAUGGUCCUGCUCAGUGGAUGAAGUACAGAGGUUUUUCUCUGAUUGCAAAGUCAUCAGCAACGGCGGCGGCAUCCACUUCACCUAUACAAGAGAAGGGCGUCCCAGCGGAGAGGCAUUUGUCGAAAUGGAGAACGAGGAAGAUCUCAAGAUUGCAGUGAAGAAGGACAGAGAAACUAUGGGCCACAGAUAUGUCGAGGUUUUUAAAUCCAACAAUGUCGAGAUGGACUGGGUCAUGAAGCACACUGGUCCAAACUGUCCAGAAACCGCAGGAGAUGGCCUUGUCCGGCUCCGAGGCCUUCCUUUUGGCUGCAGCAAGGAGGAGAUAGUACAGUUUUUCUCAGGGUUGGAAAUCGUGCCAAAUGGGAUAACAUUGCCGGUGGACAUCCAGGGGAGGAGUACGGGGGAGGCCUUCGUGCAGUUUGCUUCACAGGAUAUAGCUGAAAAGGCUCUAAAGAAACACAAGGAAAGAAUAGGGCACAGGUACAUUGAGAUCUUCAAGAGUAGCCGUGCUGAGGUCCGGACCCAUUACGAACCCCAGCGAAAGCCCAUGGGCAUGCAGAGACCAGGGCCCUAUGACCGGCCCUCGGGUGGUCGCGGCUACAACAUGAUGGGCCGAGGGGGAUCCUAUGAGAGAAUGCGUCGCGGCGGCGGCGGUGGUGGUGGCGGCGGCGGUGGCGGUGGUGGCGGCGGCGGCUAUGGAGGAGGUGUAUCAGAUGGACGAUAUGGAGAUGGCGGCGGUGGCGGUGGCGGCGGCUCUUCCUUCCAGAGCACAACAGGCCACUGUGUCCACAUGAGGGGCCUGCCCUAUAGAGCCUCAGAGACGGACAUCUACAAUUUCUUCUCGCCAUUGAAUCCAGUGCGGGUCCAUAUUGAGAUCGGUCCAGACGGCAGGGUAACCGGGGAGGCAGAUGUAGAGUUUGCGACACACGAAGAUGCUGUGGCCGCCAUGUCCAAAGACAAAGCUAACAUGCAACACCGCUACGUGGAGCUGUUCUUGAACUCAACCGCAGGUGGAAGUAACGGAGCCUACAGCAGCCAGAUGAUGGGUGGCAUGGGGAACCAGUCGUCUUACAGCGGCGGCCAGCUGAGCUCAGGGUACUCUGGUGGAUACAGCAGCCAGGGCAAUAUGGGCGGCUACAGUGACUACAGUAACCAGGGCGGAAUGGGAAGCAGUUACUACGGUGGCGGCGGCGGUGGAGGAGGAGGAAGCAGAGGCUCUAUGAAUGGACUGGGCGGGGGAUGGGGAAUGUAGAUUUUCUUUUCUAUAAUUUGAUGGGUUUUUUUUUUUUAACUCAGCAUUUUGCUGCAAGGACUGGAAACGCAAGUCUCACCUAGUAAACAUAGGGUCAGGUGAGGUUAUGAAAACAUUGGGGGGGGGGGGGUUUGUAUUUUUUUUAAGUGGAUGAUCUUCAGAGAAGUGGGAUCAUCUGGUGUCAGAGAGAAGCACUGUUUGUCUUCCCCAUUCUCACAGAUUUAAAUGUUCAUUACAAGGAUGUGUGUUUUUGUGUUCUCCAUAAACCUGGCUGUCCCCCAAGGUUAACUCAUCCUGUGCUGGUGGCGUUAACAUUAGUUUCAAUGUCUGAGUGCAUGAACAAAACAAAUCAGAAAGUCUGGUAUCUUAUGUUUUGACCUUAUUUCACCGUCUACAUAGUGUUAAACCUUUCUUUUUUUUUUUAUUCCCAGUUAAAAUGUUAAUCUGAAUUGAGACGUCACAUGUUCAGAGCAUGUUCUGUUUUCUUACGGUAUGAGGAAUUUUUUUUCUGGAUUAGGGCAAGUGAAUUUCAAAUCUGCUGACAUGAAGAUUUCUACUGCUUCAAAUGCUAUUUGUAUUUCCUGUGCACAAAGUGAAUAAACUAGUCUGGAAUAUCUAAUUGAAA